AUGAGUCGUCCUUUAAGCCACAACGACAGUGGUACGUCGGUUGUUGUCGAUUUUGGCUCGCAUACUGUGAGGGCUGGAUACUCGGGAGAAGAACUGCCCAAACAUGUACCAUAUAAUUUUGUCGGUGAAGUGGAAGUCGAUGGUAAGUCAAAUCGCUAUUGCGGCGACUCGGCUCAAUACGUCCGGGAUCCCAACAUUACCAUCGGCCGACCAAUGGAGAAUGGAGUUGUAAAAGACUGGGACCUAUUCGAUAGUAUGCUUAGCUACACACUACAUCUCUUCUGGGCGCAUGCAGAUGCAGCGGAGUUACCGUUUCUCUUUACAGAAGCUGCUUGGGCUCCGCCAGAAGACAGAAAAAAAUUGGCGGAGCUCAUAUUCGAGAAAAAUCAUAUCCCGGCUACAUAUUUUGCCAAGAGUCAAGUCUGUUCUGCUUUCGCAAACGGGAAGUCAACAGCCUUAGUUGUUGAUUCUGGGGCAACGCAUACGUCUGUCGUGCCUGUUAUUGAUGGAUUGGUACUCAAGAAAUCGAUAAAACAAAACGACAUGGGCGCACAAUAUGUUCAAAAAUGCGUUGAACGUUUCGCUGAGAAGAAAGGCAUCGACCUAGCUGUCCGACAGGAAAUAGAGUCUAAAGAAAAAGUUCAUCCUGGAGAAAAACCUAAAUUUGUAAAGCAAACCCAUAAGUGUUACAGCAGAUCAUGGCUCAGCCAACAGAAAGAACAACUUCUUGAGGACUGUGUUAAACACUUCGUCAGCAUUCCUGUUUCCCAAGCUGAUGUUCUCGAAGAUAACCAAGAAAAUAAAACUGUGAAAGAGUACGAAUUUCCUACAGGGUAUACACAUAUUUUUGGUACCGACAGAUUGGGGAUCGCCGAAAGCCUUUUUGUUCCGCAAGAUGAUAGAUCAUGCGUAACUUCUCUUGUGAAAGCAAGUGUAAACUCAUGUGAUCCUGAUUUGCGACCAACACUCAUGUCUGGAUGUAUAUUGGCGGGUGGGAACACUUUGAUUGAAGGUUAUGGAGAGCGAUUAAUAUAUGAGAUGCAAAAGAAGAACGCACCCACACUCAAAUUCAGAGUUAGUAACUCAAGCAAAAGCUCUCACAUCGAGUGGGAACGACAAUUUUCCUCUUGGACUGGAGCAUCAAUUCUGUCCUCGCUAGCGACUGUUAACGACCUUUGGAUAUGCAGAAAACAAACCCGCACUUUUAUGUCUACAGGCGAAGGCGAUCAGCGCCCUUUAAUCGCCGAAUUCGACGAGCGCGACUCGGUUAGCUACGAAGAAUUCGGCGGCACUCAAGACUACGUUAACUGUCCCACUUGCCAAGGCACUGGCAGGAUAUCCAGCUCGACUUCCCAACAACUUGUGGCGCUCAUUCCAUAUGACGACGAUAGGCUCAAACCAAAAAAGACUGCCAUGUAUGUUACUCUUGCAAUAAGCGGCGCGGUCUUCGUUUGUGGUCUCAUCGCCGGUAUGCUUGUCUACUUUAUGAUGCCAAGGCCUGUCGAAAUCAACAUGAUCGGGCUGGAACGAACGGGCGCUGAUUUUAAUCCUGAAACGAAUUCCUUGGCGAUGAAUUUUACGAUUCCAUUGUUAGCAAAAAACCCAAACUAUUCGAAUGCGAACUUGACAUCGACCGACGGCACCGUCAGCUUUAUGACAUCUCAAGUGGGAAAAGUAAAGGACAAGCGGUUUCACAUUUUACCGUCGAGAACGACGGAAUCUUGGCAGAAUGUGACAACGACUAUUAUCUUCGACCAGUCGAAUCAUCUUCAGUGGAUUUACGAGUGGUGCCAAGUAGGCGCGACGAAGAUUCUUUCACUAACAAUACAUAUAAAUGCGAAUGUAACGGUUCGCGGAACUGUGCAGCAAACAGCCAUCCAACAGCUUUGCUACGUUUCGUGCGAUCCAGAGAACAGGGACAGCCGAUCCAACUGUAACUACUCACCUUUUUGA